AUGGAACAAAUCAAUUUAUCUACACAUGGAAAAGAAAUCCAAAAAGCUUAUGAACAAGUUGUUAGAGGUGAUCCUUCAAUAACUUGGGUUAUUUAUGGACCAGAUUCUCAAAAAGCUUAUAAAGUUAAUGAACAAGGUACAGAAUUUGAUGAAUUUUUAGAAAGUUUUGAUGAAUCACAAAUUCAAUUUGGGUUAGCAAGAGUUAAUCCACCAGGUUCUGAUGUUCAAAAAAAUUUAUUAAUUGGUUGGUGUCCAGAUUCAGCUCCAAUUAAAUCAAGAUCUUCAUUUGCUCAAAAUUUUGCUGAAGUUUCAAGAUUAUUAAAAGGUUAUCAUAUUCAAGUCACUGCUAGAGAUACUGAUGAUUUAGACAGGAAUGAUUUAUUAUCAAGAGUUAGUGCUGCCGCUGGUGCUCGUUAUUCAAUUCAAUCAGCUAGAUCUAAUGCUCCAACAAGUUCAAGUUCAAGUUCAUUUGCACCAAAACCUUUCAAACCAAAAACUGUGGAAACUCCAAAACCAAAACCAGCUCCAACUCCAGCUCCAGCUCCAAAAGCUGCUGAACCACAAGUUAUUAAACCAUCACCAAGUUCAAUUGCUAAAGCUAAAGCUGCUUCCACAUCAAAUGAUGAUGAUUGGAAUGAACCUGAAAUUAAAGAAAGAGAUUUCUCUAAAGAUCCAUUAAAACCAAACACAUCAACUUAUAAACCAAUUGGUCGUGUUAAUUUACAAGAUGUUAUUAAAGAAGAAAAAUCAAGACCAGAUCCAAGAUUAGAAAUUGAACAAUUAAAAGAAAAAGAAAAAUUAAAGAAAGAAAAAGAAUUAGAUGAUUAUUUGAAAACUAAAUCUGCUAGUUUUGGUGCUAAACCACCUGCACCAGCAUCUGGAUUAAAUAAAGAUUCUGAUAAAGUUGUUGGUGGUAUUUCAAAAUCUUUUGGUACUGAAAAUGGUAAAACUCCUGCACAAAUUUGGGCUGAAAAAAAACAAAAAUCUUCUAAUUCCACACCAGAAGCUUCAGCUCCAUCAACUAAACCUGAAGAAACUGAAGAGACUGAAGAUCAAGAAGAAGAAGAAGCUAAUGUUUCAGAUUUAAAGAGUAAAUUUGAUAAAUUAAAUACUGAUGGUCAUCCAUCUCCAGGUUUACAAAGUGCACAACCAGAAAUCACAAAAGUUGAUAAACCAUAUGAUUUCCAAAAAAAUGCACCACCUGCUUUCAAGAGUGGUAUCCCAUCACCAGGUAUUAAAAGUGCUUAUCCAGGUGAAGAAAGACCUGCAUUCCCAGGUAGAGAUGGUGAUGUACCAGAACAAGAUGAAGAAGAGGAAGAAGAAGAAAAGGAAGAACCAAAAGAAGAACCAGAAGAAGAAGAAAAACCACCAGUUUUACCAUCAAGAGGCGCUGCUGCUGCCCCACCUCCACCACCAUCAAGAUCUGCUAAUGCUACACCAACUCCAUCAUUACCACCAAGAGCUCCAGUUGCAGCACCAGAACCAGAACCAGAACCAGAAGUUGAAGAACAAGAACCAGAACCAGAAGUUGAAGAAGAAACAGAAGAAACAGGUGCUACUGCAAUUGCUGAAUAUGAUUAUGAAGCAUCAGAAGAUAAUGAAAUAACAUUUGUUGAAGGUCAAAAGAUUAUUAAUAUUCAAUUUGUUGAUGAAGAUUGGUGGUUAGGUGAAACUGAAAGUGGUGAUAAAGGUCUUUUCCCAGCAAACUAUGAUGAAAAAUAUCAGAAGGCGAUGUAUAAACCAAAGAAACAACAACAAAAGCAACAACAACAACAACAACAACCUAAACAACAACAAAAACCAAAAGAAGAAUCAAAACCAGUAGAAUCUGUUACACCAGUUGAGAAAAAAGACAAAAAAGAAUCUAAAAAAGAGGAUAAAGUUACUAAACCAAGUUUUGAUUUAGGUAAAUAUAAAGGUAAAUCAUUAUCAAAAGUUAUUAAAAAAUUAUCAAAAGAUGAACAAAAAGAUUUAUUGAAAAAAAUUCAAAUCACUAAAGAUGGUAAAUUAGAAUUAAAAUUAUAA